UUUCUACAAAAUCUUGAAAGAGGACGAGCCGAUUCGGAAAAUCUUGAAGCUGGAGCUGGUUUGCCAGGAGAUGAACAUUUUGGCAACGAUGUUUAUGUACUGCUGCCAUGUUCGAAAGCAAGAUCCCCCAAUUGGUCUGUUCGUUGAGCUGGGCGACUUCAAUCGCGAGGGCAUUGCUGUAGAGAACAUCCACAUUCUGAGACCUGCGUUGGAGAAUAACGUUUUGAAACGGGGAUCCCAUCAUACGUUUAUCAAGCAGCUUAUCGGGCACAGGAAGGGCAUGCACAGCGUUGCGAUAACGGUGUUGGGUAAGCCUCUGGUCUCCGCCAGGGCUGAUAUCGACAUAGAUUCCGACCGUUCUCUGGGACAUAUUGGUGCAGAGUCGCAAGCUGCUCCAGAUCACGUCAUACUGCUCAAGAAGCCCAAGGACGACGAGACGGGCGGCGUUGGUAUCAAGGAUGGUGAGUUCGACGACCUCAACGGGCUGGGCGACGUUAUCAAUGCGGGCUUCAAUUCUCUGCGGCGGCCAGCGAGGCGGCUCGAGAACGAUAGGGGCGAGGUCGCCAAGAAGCCUUUGCUGGACAAGUCUGCGCUUGGAGGAGCCAGCAGCGACACCUCGGAUCCCCCGGAAUACGUCGACGUCAGCCCGGAACGAAGUGAUGAUAGCGACGACAGCUUGGACGAUAACGCCAUGGCGAUCGCCCCGAAGAAACCAGAUCACAAGGUGGGGGCCACUCUGGCGGAGAUGGCGGUUGCCCACUUGCUGGCGAAGGGCUUGAUGUCGCUGUUGGAGGGCCACCUGGCGGAGAUGGAGGUCCCCCAGGUGCUGCGGCAGCGCCUCCAGGUGGAGGGGGAGACGCAGAAGCGCGAGUGGAAGUACGUCUCCUUGGAGGGCCUGGGCGAGCUUGUCUACGACGUGACUAAGGGCAGGCUGAACGCCCAUUGCAAGCACAAUGAGCAUUGCAAGCCUAAGGGCGUGAACUGCCACAUGGAUCGGAUCACCAGGGUCGAGGGUCGCAAGCCGCGCAAGGGAGAAGGGCGACCCAUCGGGUACCUGAUGGCGUGGCUCCUGAACCAGAAUUCGUUCGUGGACAAAGAGUCGCACCAGCUAUUCAAGAAGGACUUGGGGAAGUCUGGCGGGUACGAGUUGCGACUUCAGGGGCGCCAGCACCUAGAGAGGCUGGCUGCGGCUCGGCCAGAGCUGCAGCGCCUGUUCGAGCUGGAGCGCGAGCCUACUGACGAGGAGAAA